AUCUGUGUAGCCCCAGCAGUGCCACCUGUCAGUGUCCAUCAGUGCCAGCUCUUAGUGCUCAUCCAUGCCACCUGCCAGUGCCCAUCAGUGCCAUAUCACUGCCUUUCAGUGUCACCCAUCAGUUCCACCUAUAAAUGCCAGUCAGUGCCACCUAUCAGUGCUGCCAAUCAGUGCCACCUGUGUGCAUCAGUGCCGCCUAUCAGUGCCCGUCAGUGCAGCCUAUCAGUGCCACCUAACAGUGCCAGUCAGUGCCGCCUAUCAGUGCCAGUCAGUGCCGCCUAUCAGUGCCAUAUAUGAG